AUGGUUAAUUUGACAAACGUUGAUAUCAAUGAUUUAAUAAAUAGAGAAAACAUUCGAAAAGAUUUAGAAAAGAAAAUAAUACAAAUGAUUGAUGAAUUAGAUGGAAAUGUAUUCGUUAAAAUGCAUAGAAGUCCAAAAGAUGCUUAUGAAAGUAAAAUUUUUUUUAUGAAAAAUUAUUGAGAUUUUGUUCGAUUAGCUCUGAGUAAAGAAAUCAAUGAUGAAUAGUCUCGUUUAUGGGAUUUGAAAUCAGAUAAAUAUCCUCCUUUAUAUUUUAUGAAAAUUCAAAAUAUUCAUCAGUUAAAAUUACUUUUUAGAACUAGUGAUCGUCUUUCUCAAGACUGAGAAGAUAUUUCUUUAAAUGGCAAAUUAAUUUUAAGAAAAUGGCUUGAUCAUAUUCCAAUUGAAUAUCGAUGUUUUGUAUGUAAUGGAAAACUAAAUGCUAUAUCAGCAUAUGGUUCCAACAAUUAAGAUUCUAUCAUGAAUGAAAAACAAAUGAGAGAUUUUAUAAAUUCUAAAUCUUUCCAAGAUAUUAUUUUAACAAUUCCAUAUAGUCAUGGGGUUGUUGAUUGUUCAAUAUAUUCAACUAAUUAUGAAGU